AUGGGCUGCCAAAGCCAACGCCAUGGCAAACAAACGCGGCUUCUGGUGUGCGUUUGCAUCCUGAGCUUUGCCACAUUAAGGCUUCCCAGCUUUGUCGGGUACAGGAGGUGUCAGAAAAAUGACGGCUUCAGGGCACCAAAGCGUGCCGUCCGCUCUAGUCAACACAGUCCUGCAGUGGAGGCUUGGUUAAAGCAGCAAAAGAGGGACGAGGAAUACGAGGAGCUUCUUCGCGGAGGCUUCUCAAAAGAGAGGAUGUUCCGAUUCUUCAGCUUCCGGCCCCACCUGAUCCUGCGACGCUUCUUCGAGAUAGGCCAGGUUCUCUGGCCGACGUGGCAAGUCUGGACAAGCCCGCAAGGUCAGAAUCGCGAGGAGCACUUAAAGAGCAGCUUACAAAAGCUCGGCCCGGUGUUCGUGAAAGUGGGUCAGACCUUGGCUCAACGUCCGGACAUUGUGGGAGAGGACGCGGCGGAGGUUCUCAAGACGUUGCAAUCGAAGAAUGCCCCAUUCGCUGACGAGAUAGCCCAUCGCAUCGUCCUGGAUGAUUUGAAUCAUACUGGCCCUCUAGCCCCCGGUGUGUGCCCGGAGGGCUUAGGCAUCGAGGGGCUUUCAGAGGAGGACUGCAGUCCAUUGUUCGAGUCCUUCUCAAGCAAGCCCGUGGCAGCUGCUAGUUUGGGACAGGUUUACAAGGCGACCACGCGAGAUGGACGAGACAUCGCCGUCAAGGUCAUGCGGCCUGGCGUAGCCCGGCUGGUGGCAUGUGACUGGGUCUGCUGGUUCUUGGGAUUGAAGCUUCAGAGACUCAUCACUGGAUCCUUCAACGACUUCGCCAAGCUUGCGGAUGGCGUUGCUAGUGGUGUUUUUCUUGAGCUUGACUACCACAAUGAAGGGCGGAACAUGGAAGACUUCGUGCGCGAACACAUGUGGUUGGGAUUCGUCACCGCGCCGGCCUGGGUGCGCGAGUACACAGGCCCAGCGGGAAAUGCCCGUGUGCUCAGCACAGAGUGGGCAGACGGCCUUGACUUCCAGGACCUACCGGAAAGGCUUCGGCACCGAGCGGUUCGAUUGGCAGCAGAGGCAUGUCUGGUGCAGCUGAUGAUUACUGGCUUCGUGCACGCAGAUCCUCACGAGGGUAACCUGAAGUACAUGCACGACGGGCGCAUAUGCUUCUUGGAUUUCGGGCUGAUGGACAGGGUGUCAUCCCAAGUCAUGGAAGGCUUUGCCGAAGGAAUACGGAGCGUCGUCGCUCGAAACUGGACCCAGCUCGCACUUGCGAUGCAAGUGAUCGAGUUUGUGCCGAACCCUGUCAAAAAGAAUAUGCGGCCGAACAGCACACGACCCUUGUGGGUGGAGAGCACUUUUGAUGAGUUCGUGGCGGCCCUUACCGAAGAGGUUGGAGAUGACAGCGACGCACAGUCGCGCUUUGGUGACAUGGCCGCCGCGCUGAAACGCUUGUCAGAUCGAUUUCUGAUGCUAACUCCGGACUACGUGGUGCUGAUGACACGCACUUUUGUGACUUUGGAGGGCAUCGCGGCACAAUACGAUCCAGAUUUCAAUAUAUAUACUACGGCCCUCCCCAUCACUUUGCGCCGCGUCGUUUCGCCACGGACUGCCGCCUCCCGGACGGCUUUCCGGAACAACGUGCUGACAGAAACUGGAGAACUGAAAUGGAAUGAGCUGGAAGGGCUGCUAAAGACGUCGGAGCAGGAUGCCCAAAACGAGGAUGCAAAGAUGAGCUUGCUGGAAGAUGACGAGGCUCCGGAAGCUUCUGAGAGCGGUUUCAAACCUCUGGAAGGCCUCUUGGGCUCAAGUGAGGGCCGAAGCCUGCGACGACUCGCUUACGACGUGGACAUCACGGCCCUCUUCGCUUACUUAGCCUCCAACCAGGGCCGGUCGCUGCGAAAGCAGGCGGCCGCAUGGCUUGCAGAACAGCUGGACGUCCGGCGCCUUGCGCGCUCGGCGCGGAGCAUCGCGAAGGACCCGCCAGCCGGCUCCAAGGAGUUCGAGAAGCUCCAGAAGCAGCGCGCGCAGCGCGAGCGCCGCGCGCUGCGCUUCAUCAUGCGGAGCCAGUGGAAGCGCCAGCGCUAUCGGGCCCUUCCCUCGCUUGCCCUCCUGAUCAUGGUCUUCUUCUUGCGAGUCUCCGGAACAGUGCUGCUUCUGAUGCUGAAACGCCUGGCUCGACGACUCCGAUCUGCUGCGCUUUGGAUCGUCAAGUCCCCACAGAGACUUCGACAGCGCCUUCGACCAGCCUAG